AUAUAGGGCUUCACAGACACAAAAAGAAAAGUAAAAAAUACUAGCAUAUAUAGGGUUUCACAGGGAUUGGCUCUGCGCCUAAUUUCUCUCGCUCUGGAAUCUUGGUCCGAUCGCCCAAUUCAAUAAAUCGCUUUCAAAUCCCUCUCUCCCUCUUAAGGUUUAGUACUUAUGGCGUCAAAACGGAUCUUGAAGGAGCUCAAGGAUUUGCAGAAGGAUCCUCCUACAUCAUGCAGUGCCGGUCCUGUGGCUGAAGAUAUGUUCCACUGGCAAGCAACAAUCAUGGGCCCUACUGAUAGUCCAUAUUCUGGAGGCGUAUUUCUAGUUUCUAUUCAUUUUCCUCCUGAUUAUCCAUUUAAGCCCCCUAAGGUCGCAUUUAGGACUAAGGUCUUCCACCCAAACAUUAACAGUAAUGGAAGCAUCUGUCUUGACAUUCUGAAAGAACAAUGGAGCCCGGCAUUAACCAUAUCUAAGGUGUUGCUGUCUAUCUGUUCCCUUUUGACGGACCCCAACCCAGAUGAUCCGCUCGUGCCAGAAAUCGCUCAUAUGUACAAGACCGACAAGGCCAAAUAUGAAGGCACCGCCCGCAGCUGGACACAGAAGUAUGCCAUGGGAUGAUUGCAGAAAAAAUCCCUCUGGCAGUUUCUGAAGAAAAAAGAAAUCCUCGAGUGAGAAUAAAAUUUGUUGAAAGAACAAAUUUGUCAAGUAACCUAAUUUAUUUUCUAGUAUAUUUCUUUUUUCUUCUUCCAAACUUAAGCUUGCAAGGAAGGAAUACCUUAAUUUGUGAAUAUUAAUUUUUAGUCACCAGAAGGGAAAAGAUGUGUUGUCUAAUGAUGCUUUUUUAUUUAUUUUAUUUGUUCCCCUUCUUUUCAA